CUCAUGACGUACGUAGAGUUUCAAGCAAUGGUUUGCAAUGCUGGGUUGGUGGUGCGUCAUUUACUCAACUCUAAUCACUUUUCAAAUGUUUGGAAGUUGCAGCCUUCAUAUUGGAGAGAGAUGCAAUUUCCUGGGAUUCUGCUUUGUGCGCCAUGCCAGAUGUGACAGUGACAACAUCUGUAGGUGCACGCCAGAGUUUCCAGUUGCGCUUAACAACCAUAAGUGUGGAAAAUUACGCAGAUACCAAGAUGACUGCACGGAGAAUGGCGAGUGUACUCAGCACGAUAACAAUAUGUACUGUUCUCAGUUGGCAAUUCAGAGCCGCUGUGAGUGCCUGGACGGGUUUAUUUUUAAUGAAGAUGCUAACGUCUGCAUGUCAAUUAAAAGACGGCAAAGUUCUCCAGAGCUCCUUUUGCCCAUGGCUGUCGGCAUCUCUGUGGCACUCUCAAGCUUACUGUGCUGCGUCUUAGCACUCUACCGCAUCUGCUAUCGGUCAAGUGGAACAGACAACUUCUUGAGCAGUAUUCGUCGACGAGGCUACGCUGUUCCAUGGGGCCAGCCAGAGGAACCAACUGCACCAUCGCAGCAUGAAUCAUGGUCGGGAGAUACCCUCCCGUCAUAUGACGUUGCUGUCUCACUCAAGAACCCUGCAAGCAUAGAAGAAGAACCUCCCCCUGCUUACAAAGAAGCUGUCGCACAUCAGGGUACAGUUCUCCUUACAGAGACCAAGGUAUGAUCAUCAGUAGCCAGCGUCUUCCAGCUAAGGGAACCAUCGAGUCUUCCUACUGUUCUACACUUCCAUCUUGCCUUAUCACCUGGAGCCCAAUGUUGAACUUCUCGAUAUCCUGAAACUUUGCAGGCAUUUGUCACAUGCUGCCUGUGGCUCAUGAUAUGGUAAUAUGCUUCACGAUAUCGAGCGACGUGCGUAACUUGCGUUAUAUACCACACACAUGUUACAAGAGGGCAGCACCUAGCUACAUAUGGUGCUGUAAUUUCUAAAGAGGAGGUCCUUGGUACCUCUACAGUGUCUUUUCUCUGGAAGGUAAUGCAUUUGUGUGUCACAUAGGGCACAUAGUAAAUAAGGCAUAGCAUUCACAGCAUAAACCAUGACAUUUGUGUGACACCCAACUUACCAAGUUAGACACAACAUGGAAGCAGUGCCAUACAGGCCAUGUAUGGGCAUGAGCACCCUUGUGUAGCUCCUAGGGGACACCCUCAAGGACCCUUCUAAUGAGGUUACAUUUGUUCGUGCAUUUAUAUCGACCAACUGCGAUCUCCUAAGCUCUGAAGCACAGGGUGUUGGAACACAUUUAGGAUAAUGGUCCAGAUUGAAGAUGGACCAAAAUGCAACACAAUUGCCACACUUUCCUGUGUAGUUGCAUUGUGAAUGAAAUGCGUGUUUAGGGGUUUUAGUUGGGGGGGACAGGUUGUGCAGAUGUCUUCCUCCUUGUACAGCAACACGAUACACCAGCUUGUACCAGCGUGUACAGCGACACGAUAGAAGCCAUCUCACACUUUUUAUAUUUCAGUUUAGGAAUCCCAAAAUUAUUAUUGACAUUAGAAUGAUUGACAGAGCAGAAGACACAGAGAUAUUUCAGCUGUUUAUAAAAUGCCUCGUAUGUUUUACAUUUUGCUACAAGCUUCCAAACGUAUUACACUGCUGCUAAUACUUGAGAAAAAGUUGGAUUAUUGAUCACAGAUUAGCUUGGAUAAAUGCUUGGAGAACAGGUUGCGAGAAAUGAAUUGAUGAUCUUGUUGGGGGUUCCCAAUAUCCUUGGAAAAGGACUGCCUGGUACAUUGCCGCAGGACGCAACCCCCCUACGAGUGUUUCUUGCGGAGAUGCUACACGCAGCCAAUAUGUGGCAAUGUUCAGUAGCCAAUGUUUGAUACACCAGCACAUCAUCAACCUCGUACUAACUAGCUUCCCAUCCGUGAUAACGGUACGAUUCAUUUUCAUCAGAUUGUGACAAUUUUUUACGACGAUUUUGGCGAUUCAUCAGAAUUUGACAGCAAUAGGAAGCACUACUUUUCUGAUGACAACCAGUAACUGAAUCUCAAGCUUAAAGGGGCACUAAAAUGCAAAAACUACUUGCUCUCAAAUGAAAGUCUGUGUUUCAAUUCGUACAGUUCAAACAAAAUUAGUUCAUACAAUGCUACAAUUUAGAAGAAAAACACAAUGAAAACAGAGCCGUCUUUGGCGGCAGCGAAUGGGACCCGCAGGUGGCAAAGAUUGGCGGCAUCCAAUGAGACAGCAGGAGAAUCGCGCGCAUACCUAUCGUGGGCCGGUGGAUUUGGAACGGGUCCGAUCGUAGUGUUCCGUAUAUGCGCGGUGUGAUGUGCACUGCUGCAUUUUUCAAUACCGAUUCACUGAAUUGUAGCCCACAGCAGUUCUCGCGAAUGUCCCACUGACAACAUUUACUUCAUGUCCUUCGGACAGCGACGCCAGUCGGCUUCGCAACGCGUACUAUGUUUUCCACCGAGACUGCUGCAUGGCGUGGCACGCGCAGCAUGGACUAAAAACACCGAUACAGGAGCUGAAGCUUCAUUCACUGCUUAGUGCCGAAGCAAGAAAGAUACCGGUAUAAUUUUGAUUGUAGCUGGCGUAACGGAAUUAAAGCUUUGAAUUAUGAUAACUACGAAAUUAACAUAGUGCGUAACGUAAUUUGAAGUAAACUUGUUUUUGCAUUUUAGUGCGCCUUUAAGUGUAAGUGCACUGAUGUGCACUGCUUCAUGUACCCCAGACACACUUUUAUUGAAUGGUCCAUCAACCAUAGAACUGAGCAUAGAUUCAAGCCCUUAUCGGACAGUAAGGCCCUCUAAAAUUUUUGCUGUUUAGUGUAAUUCAUUUGAUUCAAAAAUCCUCUUGAUUAAGAGAUUUUACAAGAAUUGGCAUCAUUUCAUGUAGAUGAGUUCUACUAUAGAUCAUUUUAUGGAAAUGCACACAGCAGCAAUUUUGUUUUGGAAGAAGUGGGUUAAAUAUCUAGGCCAAAGGCAAGCAGUGAACUUUUUUUCUUUUUGCGUGACUUUUUCUACUUUGUGAUUUUUUUUAAAACCAUUGUCAUGAGCUUCGCUUUCAUUGUAUGCGUAAUGCUCAAAAAUGGGAUGUGCCAAAUGAAGAUACGACGUAAACAACGAGAAAUGGAGAUGCUGCGUGAAAGUAUGAGUAGCUGUCAGUAACUAUUUGAUAGUGUCGUGAAAUUAGAAGUAACUUCCCUGUGUGAAUCAAAUGUGAUGGAAAUACUUUUGGGACCUCCACGGCAUGAGCACUGUGCAUGCACCAUAUCACAAAGAUUAAAAGGGCUGUAAAGUGAAAUCCGAUCAGUUUUUGUGUCCCACCACGUAGCAGUGGCCUUUGUGCAUAAGCUCCCAAUUCUGUACAUUUUUCAUACUAAUUCCCAAAAUUCAUACUAUUUUGCCGGCUCAGUGCCAGCAGAUGUCCGCUGAGAGUAGCACAGUAGCAUUUUUUGGGCAAGUGCCACAUGGCAGUAAAUUAAGGAGUCACAGUUGAAGUAGAUUACUAAUUUAUUCCACUUCCAGAAAUAACUACAAUUCUAGAGCAAUUUAAUUUAAAUUGUUUGAACAUGCAGGAACGUAUGUGCCCCGCUUACCUUUCUCUCUCUCUGUCGUCUUCUCCAGAAUCACAUUGUUUGUAUCUGGUGUGAUUAGCAUGACCAGAAAGUGAAAGCCACCUUUCUGUUGCUGCUGUGUGCAAAAACUUCCAAUUUCAGCUGGUUAGCGUGAAUGCCUGGCAUUUGGCAACCAUGCAUGUUUGACGAUGGAUGUUUUGUAUCACAAAAUUCAAAUGGACAGUGUGUUAGAACGAAAGAGGUUCGAGCACUGUUGGGUGCAUUCUGAAUAGAUGGCCCAUUGAGUCAGAUCAGUGUUGCUAGAUGGGGGUGUCCACAAAACCCACCUUGUGACACAGUUUCUGAAAUUUGAUUGCUAAAAGACUACCCAGUGUAUUACAGCACUAUUAUGUAGCAUCUGAAGCGUUGAAGCUACAAGCUUUCAGAAUAAUGUACUGUUUCUAUGCAUUAACUUUUUGGUCCUUGUAAUAAAUCUGUUCUGUUGAGGACAGCCGUCUUGCUGCAUUCAGAAAGUGAAUGCAGGUUGCAGUAUUCUAGUCACUCAGCACAUCAUGUUAUGAUGACUCGAAUUCUAUAUCUUCUACCAUAGCCCACUGUGACGUGGCUUUUAUAGGAGAACUAGACUCACAUUAGCAAUAAACCAAUAUGUAAUGUAUAUUGCUGUGGACCAUAUUGACAUAGUUGUAUUUUAUUUGUAAAUACCGUGUACACUCCAUGUUCUAUUUAGGUUGAUACUUGCAAUGUUCUAGUUUCGCUGUUCAAAGGAUAGACAUGUUUUUUGCCUAGUGGAUUUUGACUAUGUGGCACAAGUGUCGACUGCUGUAAGGACAGAGACAGCGUCUGCCUGUGUGUUGCUGCCCAGUCAAAUUUGAAUCUGUAGACAUCAGCCAUUUGGAAUGUUGUAGCUUUGACAUGCAAGUGCAUACCAAAGUUUUAGAACAGUUAUUAACUUUCUCUUAAUGUGUGUGUGUGUACUGCACCUGUGCUGCGUCAAGAGCACUAUAACUGUGCAUGCCACCUGGACUGCUUGCACUGUGUAAGCUUCCUGGUGAUACUGUGGGCACAGUUUUUGUUGUUUCACCGAUCACUAAAGCCCCUAGCUUUCUGCGAAAUUUCGCGGAACUUAGGGUUUUUCGCGGAACAGGUUUUUAGUCGCCACCACUCCCUACGAAACGUGCGUGCAGGCAGCACAGGGGAUUGCAUUUCGAUUGUGCAAUGUUGUGAAACUGCGAAACUCCCGAAGCUACUCAAACUCUCUCGAACAAUGUGUGUCACAUAAUGAUUGUGAGCCAAUCAUACGCAUAGUGCAUUUCUCGCGGAUGUACAUGCGGCGCAACCAGCUCGGUUUCUAGGGGUACAAGUCCGCAGGGUUCUAUGAAGAUGAAGGGGUUCUUUUCUGCCGAGCAUGCAAGAAAUCGGUUGAUCAUCGACGAGCACAUAUCAAGCUUCAAAUGUCGCACGAACGCAGUUCAGUUACAAAGCCGCAGAAAUAGCCCCGGAUUUGUAAAGUCUAGGUCGCGGAAAAACAAAUUUUCGACCACGGAAACCUAGGGGCUUUACCGAUCUCCUUGGAAACCUAUGCCAGAUCAUCAUGUCACGAGCAUGAACAGUUUUGCUACUCAGUGACAUCUUGAAUGUUUGAACACGUUUAUGGCAUAGUAUGAUUGUGAUGCAGGUAUUUGUGCAGUAACAGGUUGAAGGUAAAUGUUAGUUGUUUCCGUGCUUCCUGCUGUCGUGAUGCAGCUUGGAACGGUUGAGUUUUGGAGAAAGCAGUGUUUUCCAGCUUAAUCUAAACUUUUAAGUUCUGGGAUGGCAUCACUACAUUCUAUCGUGGCUAGAAAGAACAAUUCUCAAACUAUGGGUGACAUAACUCAAAUAUUGCUGGCCAUGGAUAGAGCCCCUAGCUUUCCUCGAAUCUGUGUAACUUUGUGGAGUUGGCCAUGUUUCGUGGAACCUGCUGUUUCCCUCAGAAUCGUGUGUUUUGACGGAAUAUUUGAUAUACAUGACAGAAUUCUAUAAGGAUUUUAAUCGAUCUACAACAUGUUCAUGGGUUAAACCUGAUCAGUCGCGACUGCAAUGCUUGACGCGACUGACACUGCUAGCGCUUACACGGCUGAACGGACCGCAACGCAAGAAAAUUGAACAAGGGGAACGCCCAGAGAGAAAUUGUCAGAGUUAAGUCUAAUUUUCUUUGCGCACUGAAAAGUUAUGAAAUGCUAGAAAACGUGCCUUGCAGUCCAGCUGACCCUGACUGAGCCGGCUACCUUGCUUCGGAAGGCCGUACGCCAGGCAACUUGCAUUGAGGGAUGAUGUCAUGAUCCACACGGAAAUGGCGCCUCUCUUGCAUCGGCAAAACCGAAUGAGAAGUCCUUUUGUGGAGUUUGGGAUUAUGUAGACAUUCAAGGAAGUGCAGAAACAAAAGUAAAGUUUAUUUUUACCUUGUAUAGUGCUGCAUUCCAAUUCAUGCGCUAUAUGUACGUUCUCUACUCGCGUUAAAUUACUCAGAUUAUUGGAUGUCAUUUUGCCAUUUCAAGGCUGCAUAUCAGCACGUCCGGGGCUGUGCUUUUACAUUUGAUGUCCUACCACAUCACAAAUACAUAUGCAACUGAUGGUAUGAGUGUGGAUUGAAGCUGGGCUACAUUUUCUGAGCUAAUCUGUGCCCAGAAAGACAAAAGCACAAUUUACACAUCAAGCUUGAGAGACUGGUCACACCAGGUUCUUAUUCCUAUGCUGCCUCCAUACAAAAUCAGAGUAAGUGCAUUUAUUGAGGAAAUUAGCACAGGCAUUUGAAUGCUGCAAAUACUGUUUUACUGAGUCAAACUAGUGCUGGGAACUAGGGAAGUGCUCUUUUAGAACUGCCACUCUGAUAAGGCUUUGUUUCUACCAUAGGUAUAUCUACCAAUAGGUCCCUGCCUACUCAGAGUUUCAAUUAGCAAAAAUAAAAAUGUGGCCAUUACCCGGCUACUCCUCUUUGUUGACUUUUUCGUGGAGAGAGAAUGUCCUACAUGGCUGUCGGCUGAACUUGAAGGUGAAACCUGAUAGCUGGACAUGCUGUGUGACACUGCUUUGACAGAGGUAAUCACGAAGUAGUGAACACUGUAACUAGGGAAAUUGAAAGCUUGAGGAUUGCACAGCCUGUUCAACUGUAUUGGUAGAACAAACACCCAAAGUUUGUCAUGUUGUGGACAUGCAUGUCAUUUUUACACAUCAGAGAAUAUAUUUUUAUAAUGCUUACUUAUCCAAGUGCUUAUGCAAACAUGCUGAUUGUAUACUCUUUACCUGCGUGGCUUUUUUACCACGAAUAAAUCAACUUUGUAUCAAA